AUCAGAACCCAAAAUGUAAGCUUGUUUUACUCUGUAAACAAUGUACAUGUAAACAAACACUUUAUAGCCUCAAAACAUCGUUAAAAUGAUAAUUUUUAUAUCAUGAAUGGUCAGUCCUUGUAUCCAAGGUCACAUUUCUCCAGGCCCUUCCCAUAGCUUUUUACCAAAAUAGAGGUUGGGUGACCGCUUUGUUAUUGUUUCAACUAAGGACUCUAGCUUUAAGCUUGAAACUUUUUACCUGUAUGGUUUGUUUCAGUUGUGAUAUAAAGGUCUUCCAGACUGGUAUAAUUGUUUUAAUUGAUCCCAUCAGAGGAGGCUGGUGGGAGGAGCUAUAAGAGGACGGGCUCAUUCUAAUGCUGGAAUAGAAUAUUUGGAACGGAGUCAAAUGGGGUUUCUAGAUGUUUGAAUCCAUGCCAUUUAUUCCAUUCCAGCCAUUACAAUGAGCCCGUCCUCCUAUAGCGCAUUCCCACCAGCCUCCUCAUCCCAUAUUUAUUGUAAUUUGAGCUCUCCCACGCAUAUCCUAAGCGACUAGUCACAUGCUUUCCCAUACAGAAUUAUGCUUUAUUCACUUUCCUUUUCAUGAAUUGAUACAUUUUACCGCGUCAUGAUGGUCAUACAGAAUCUUUGUCGCAUUUGUCAUUGCGACAAAGAAUGUGUAAUUGGAAUGCUAUUGUUGUGGGUUUGAUAGCAUAGACAAUGGAUUGGUUUUGUGGAUUAGUGAAGUAAACUGGAUGGGAAGAGAGGAAGAAAAUUAAUGGACAUUGCAAAUUUAGGAAAUUAAAACAACUGACAGAUCUGUUUAAUAGCUCUGCGCCAACUAUCUUGUUUUUAAUUCAAUGGACUUCAUAGAAGUUGGUGCUACUAUAUGAAUUUGAAAUAUUUUACAAUUACGGCCUACCCCAGCCAAACCCUCCCCUAACCCAGACGACACUGGGCCAAUUGUGUGCCGUCCUAUGGGACUCCCGAUUAUGGCCGGUUGUCAUAUAGCCCAGGAUUGAACCAGGGUCUGUAGUGACGUCCUCUAGCACUGAGAUGCAGUGCCUUAGACCGCUGCAUCACUCCUGAGCCCACUCAGGAAUGAAUACAUGGUUUACUCAGCAAAUAUUUAGAGCCAAAAUAGCAUGUCAUGAAAUGUAAAAAAAUGAAAUUCUAUAGGAGCUUGUGUCACGUACACACGCACACGCACGCACGCACACACACAAAAAGACAAAGAGCACUGUGAGCCCUUUGAGGAUAUGUGAACUGGCUCAUUGACACUUGGGAGAGGUAAGUAUUCUGUUUUUCCUCUACAAGUUAUACCCGGAUUUCUUUAGAAUGUGUUUUAGCAUGUGCAGGUGAGGGCUGACAAAUUGUCUGUUGUAUUUUGUUGCCUUGCAUUCAACCGCAGAUCAUCAGUGGUGACUGAUUACAUAGUCUAUGUACUUGACAUAAGGGACUGAUUACAUAGUCUAUGUACUUGACAAAAGGGACUGAUUACAUAGUCUAUGUACUUGACAUAAGGGACUGAUUACUUAGUCUAUGUACUUGACAAAAGCUAUCCUACUGUUUUGCGAGUGGUCAUGAUUGAGGGAUGCUUUGGGGAAUUUUGCUGGUAGUCUUGACCACCUGCUAUUUGUUAUGUGCUGCUAUGAGGCCUGUGGGCACUAACCUGUGAGGGUUAGUCAAUACACUUUGCAACAAUAACGUUUUACAACCUGUUCUCUAAAAAUGAUCAGAAGAAUGGUCAUUGAUUUGGUUGAUACAUGCUUUGUGGUUGGGAUGUUAAAAUGGACUGGAAAAUAAUGGAUUGAUAUUAAUGCAAAAUACAAGGUUAAGCAGAAAAAAACAAUUGGUGACAAUGUAGGACCAAAUUCCUUAAACAUUGAUUUGUUCAAUCUAUGCUAUUCAGUGCAAUCCAGAGCUGUGGAUCCAAGUGAAGUAUAAUGCAGCUUGGUGUGAACAAAGGGAGCACUGACUACACUCACAUGAACAAUCAGCCCUUUAUUCCUCAGGCCCAGAGCAUAUAGCCGUGCCUUUUCUAGGGUGGCUCUGGACAGCCCCUCCUCUCAUAUAGCAAAUGAGACGGCUAUAUGAGACUCCUAAAGACUGUACAAGGUUAGGGCUGAACAAGGCUGCUUCGUACUGCCACACACACACACACACACUGUUAGCGGUUAUAUUGUACAUGCAUGUUUUACAUUUUACCGUUGGCUUUUGCUUAUGUAUUUCUCUUUCCCUCACUCUGUUUUACACUUUCAAACCAGUCUGGUCGUACAUUCCCCCAUAGGUGCUGUGGAACGUACCAACCAUUACCUCUGUCAAACACUCACUCUUUCUCAGUUGGAGGUGCUGUACUACCCCCACCCAGCAGUGACUCUCUCUCCAUGAUGGCCUCCUAUAGCCCUACCCACAAGGGCUGGUUUGGUGAGAGGGGGGUUCACCAGGGGAUUGGGCUGGACAUCCUCUUCAGUGGCAGAGACUUUGACACAUCUAAUCUGUACUCCCAAAAUGACACUCAACAACUUCAGGAGGCCAAGUCCCAUUAUACCUGUCCCAGGGCCCCCCAGAGAUCCCUGCAUGGCUGGGGCACAUACAGCCCCCUUCCACAGAGACCCAGAACUGGGAGCAGAGGGGGGACCAACCAGUGUCAGAGCUACCACGCCCAAACCCUGCCGCUGCCCUUGCCCCGCAGAGCACUGCCUGUCUUCAGACCCUGUGUCUACAGCAGCCCUCAGGGAUAUAACGCUACCACAGUGGACAAACCUCGCAUGCUUAGAGCCACUAUUACAUCCAGCCCCUCGGAUUCCAACCACCCUGUCCAGCACCAGAGCCAGCAACCCAGACCAAACCAGCAGCAGGUCAUUAAGCAGCAGCACCAGAGCCAGCAACCCAGACCAAACCAGCAGCAGGUCAUUAAGCAGCAGCAUCAGAGCCAGCAACCCAGACCAAACCAGCAGCAGGUCAUUAAGCAGCAGCACCAGCCAAGUCGCAGUCAAAAGCCUGUCUACCAGCCAAGCUUCAGUCCCACUCCAAUCUAUAGGAGACUCACAACCUGGCAGCACAAGGACAACACUAAUACAGACAACACCAUCAAGACUAACAGCCCUCACAGUAACAGAAUCAAGAGACAGGUGGACAUGACGUCCCAGAACGUGUUGGGUCAGCCGCGUGUCCUGGCCUCUCUGCGCGGCCCACCCUCUCCACGACAGACCCACAAGACAACUAACCUAGAGGAGGAACUGAGGCUCAUCAUACUGGACACAGAGGACUCAGGAAGGGAUGCAUCCUGCCGUCAUAGCCUCUCUACAGAGAUCAGCCUCGGCAGUGGUCCCCUGCAUUCCAGUCUGGCAUGUUCCCCAGUUUCUGACUGCCCAGAGCUGGAGGGGCUUGAGGAUCUGUCUGCCUCUGAGCUGUCUCUGACAGAGGGCUGGGACCCUGGGCACAUCCCCCUACUGGCCCCUGCCUGGGGCCUGGAGUGGAGCAAACUUGUCAAUGCUGCCAAGGCCUAUGAAGCAAAGAGGACAGUGGAGCCCAUUCCUCCCAGCAAGUCCAAGAAGCAUGGAUCAGAGGGUGGACCUGCUGCUUGCCCACCUAGUCACUACCCUCCUCAGGGCUACAAUGCCCAGCCCACAUUAAGAAGUGAAGUGCCCAGUGAUCUGUCAAGACUUCACCACCUGGAGGCGCUGCUGAGACACUUGGAGAGCAACCUGGAGAAGGAAAGGGAGGAUAAAGUAGCCCUGAUGGAGGAAGUGACGACUCUGAGAGAGACCAACCAGCGCCUGUGGGAGGAGUCUCUUUUAUCCAACGAACAGCUCCGUAAACUCAGCCUGUUGUUCAACAUGGCCCCAGGAAUGAUGCCUAGAGAGAGAGAAUGACCAGCGACACUAAGAGGAGAGAGAUGAUUUGAAAAGAGGAGUAGAGGAAAAAAUGGUUUCAACAAAGAUAGUACCUUGAAACAGAGUUUACAAAUGUAAAUUGUCUUCAAAAUGUGAUCAGAGAAAGAGGACAGAUCACGGCGAGUUACCUCUCGCCUCUCCUGCUUGUCAAAACCCAUUGGAUGAGAAAACCAGAGGUCCAUCCCCUCUGACCUUCUCCACCAAUGGGUACAAUAAAAUAUUUAAGAAGGCACUGCUGAGAUUUGAACUCAGGAUCUCUUGUUUACUAGACAGGUACUUUAAACCAACUAAGCCACAGCACCCAUAGCUGUAAUUUAUAUUGUGGGUAUGAAAACCCACAACUAUUUUGAAUCAACCCAGUCAUUUUCAUUUAACCCAUAAUUCUGUCUUGCAAAAUUACAUGUCAAAAUAACAGAUGUAAUUUCCUAAUAUUGGAAUCGAUACGGACGCCUUAAAUUGACUAGCAAAAGGGUUUCACUAUGGUUUGGGCCCUGAGCAUGUGAGAGGUGUGUCGCGAGUUAUGAGUAAACAUUUAGAAUCAUACCCUAUUUCUUCUUCAUUUGGGUUGUUCGAGGACAGUACAUUUCCCAUUUAGGUCUUGAUUUUAAAAAUCAUAAGAACCUUUGAAAUAGCAGAUGAAUCAGUUUGUGUAAGUCAUUAAGCUACCAUGAGCUGGGGGACUUUAUCAAAUGGCAGAGUUUCUUAGUUUACACAGUAAGUUUAAACUCAUUCAAAGUAAGGGCCUUUCGCCAUGACAUUCUGUAUAGCAAUGCCGUGACCGGGAUUCGAACCAGGGUUUCCGAGGCCACAAUGCAGAGUACUGACCACUAUAAGAUCACAGCGAGCUACAGGAGUUUGCUUAUAGGGGAUAUUUAUGCUGGGAAAGUGACGUGUACAAGCUGGCUAAAUGCUUGAGUUGUUUGUCAGUUCAACUUUACACAGUUGGUACGUUUUAACUCUUUCAAAAAGUGCCCUUUUUCGAUGACAUUGGAAUAUCUCAAUCGCAUAUUCCUCACGUCCUCUCCACUCUCGCCUCGCCCACUUCUCAAAACUCAUUGGAUGAGAGAACCAGAGAUCCCGCCCCUCUGACCUUCUCCACCAAUGGGUAAAAAGAAAUGCACAGCUGCGAUUUGAACUCAGGAUGUCCUGUUUACUAGACUAGCUAAAUCACAGCCCCACGCGUUGGAGAUAGAUGUCAUUUCUAUCGCGGGUAUGAAAAUCGGUCUAUUUUGAAUCAAAUCAGUCUCAUUCAUUUAACCCAUAUCUCUGUCUAGCGAAAUAACAUGUCACAAAACAUAUGUAAUUUCCUAGUAUUGGAAUCGACACGACACCUUGAAUUGACUAGCAACAGGGUUUCUUAAACUAUGGUUUGGUACCCAAAGUGGGCCCCGAGCAUAAGAGUUGGGUCGCAAGUUAUGAAUAAGCAUUUAUAAUCGCACACUAUUUCUUCUCAAUUUGGGUCUCGAGCUUAGAAACCUUAAGAACCCCUGGGCUAGAGACCUGCUGCUCUGUACCUUGAUAGAUUGCCUGUUCACAUUAUUUCUCGUUUAGUAAAUUCUGGUAUGAAAAAGGCUAAGUAAUUAACUACCUGAUUGUAUUACCAGCGCUUUGAAUAUACUGCAACCUGAGAUUCCCAAAGUCAAGCGAUAAUAACUUCUAAACGACUACCAUGUAGUUUGAGGGCACAGUGGUCUUGACUUUAGAUGAAAAACUGAGCCGUGCAAUGUGACUUUUAGUGUUGUUUUGUUUAAAGAAUGAUUGUUAUAUUUGUAAUAAUCUAAAAUAACAUAUUGUAUGGUAUCUCAAAUGUUCACUUGUUUCAUUUGUCUCAAAUAACUCAUCAAAGUAGUAACAAUUGAAUAACUUUAAUUUACAGA